UUUCGGUGUCGCCGCUCCGCUGCUGUUUGUCAGCACACUGUACUGUACCGGAGAUGCCAAGAUGGCUGCAAGCAACUAUUUCGGCUUCACACAUGGUGCCGGUCCGCAGUACAGUACCCAGCCUCCCCCAGCUUACUCCCAUCCCUCCACAGCCAGUUACAGUGUCCAGCAGGCUCCGGCUGUGGCUCAUGCUGUGACCGCGUCCUACUCUCCGGCUCCAGUCCAAGCAGCCCGACCUGUGGUCUCGGCCCCUUACCCGGCCUAUCAAAGCCACCAAGCACCCCCCGACUACACCUACAGACAGCCAGAUCCCCCGCAACCCACCACCACCCCACAGACGUACCAGGUAUACUCAGACACGCAGGACAGUUACAAUUACGGUCGCCCUGCUGCAGUGACUACCUAUGACAAUAAACAGUACUACCAGACGAGUAUAGCAACGGCUCAGAGGACACCUACGGAGAAUUACUACCAGACUGUAGGAGUGAAGAGUGCUUACAGUCCAGCCACUUCCACUGUGUACAAUCAGCCGCCUCCUCCCCAGAGGCAGGUCACAGCACUGAAACCCCUGGCCCCCUCCAGCUCUGUGUCUACCAGUUACAACAUCUACCCGGUGUCCACGAGUGUCCAGCAGCCCCUAACGCCAGUUUCAUCAUACACCCUCGGCUCCUCAUUCAGCUCCAGCGUUGCAGCCACCUCCUACUCAGGCAUUAGCUACUCUGGAUAUGAUUCAGUUGGCUACACCUCAGCAUCCACCCCCACCUAUUAUCAGCCGACCCAGCAGACUCUCUCCCAGCCCCAGCCGCAACCGCAGCAAUCACAGCAGCCCCAGCAGCCCCAGCAGCCCCAGCCCCCCAUCCAGCCACCACCCAAGCAGCUGACAAGCUCAUCUUGGAGUAACUCAGGCAGCAACAUGGUAACAGCUCCAACUGGAAACACCUACAAAAAGCCCACGUUUCACCAGAACAAGCUGCAAAAGCCCAAAGGGCCUCCCAAGCAGCCGCAGCUUCAUUACUGUGACAUUUGCAAGAUCAGCUGUGCAGGCCCUCAGACAUACCGGGAGCACCUUGAGGGUCAGAAGCAUAAGAAAAAGGAAGCAGCUCUAAAGUCUGGUGGACAGACAGGGACCAGCAAUGGCCCCAGAGGGGUCCAGACUCAGUUACGCUGUGAGUUAUGUGAUGUCUCCUGCACAGGAGUGGAUGCCUAUGCUGCUCAUAUCCGUGGGUCCAAACAUCAGAAGGUGGUGAAACUUCACACCAAGCUUGGCAAACCUAUACCUUCCACUGAGCCAGUAUUAGUGAAUUCUACUCCAGUUGUCACAACCACGACGGCCGGAAAACCUCCAGUUGUCUCCUCCUCUUCCUCCUCCGCUCCUGCCUCGGUCUCAACCACUGCAGCUCCUGCUGCAGCUCCCAAACCGGUGGCUGUAAACACCAUGACUAAAACGCUGACACCAGUCAAGAAAACUCCUCUUUCCAAAAUAACUGUCAUUUCCAAUAAGCCAACCAGCACUCCCCCUGCAGCUGCAGCAACGGCAGCAGUGGUGGUGGCAGCCAAGGUUGAGGAGCCUGCGCAGCUGUCAGUCCAGAAGAUGGAACUGCAGAGUGAGGAUGAGGAUGGCGACAGAGCUGGAGGCCAGGGGGACAUCCAACCGGUCGGACACGACUAUGUAGAAGAGGUUCGUAAUGAUGAUGGAAAAGUGAUUCGGUUCCAUUGUAAACUGUGCGAAUGCAGCUUCAAUGAUCCCAAUGCUAAAGACAUGCACCUGAAGGGAAGAAGGCACAGGCUGCAAUACAAGAAGAAAGUGAACCCAGAGCUUCCUGUGGAGAUCAAACCCAGCAACCGGGCCAGGAAGCUGCAGGAGAGCAAGCUGAAGAAGCAGAAGCAGAAGGCGGUGCUGAAGAGACAGAGAGAUGAUGAGCAGCGCUGGCACAUGGAGAUGAGGUCAGAGCGAUAUGAGGAGGACUUGUACUGGAGGAGAGUAGAGGAGGAGCAGAUGUACUGGGGGGAGCAGAGACGUAGGAUGGCACCUCCACCUCUCAUGAGCCGCCCUGGCAUGCCAGUGCCCCCUCUACUGUCUUGUGUGCGUCGACCCGACUCACUUGAUGACCGCCACAUAAUGGCCAAACACUCCACUAUUUACCCAGUGGAAGAGGAGCUACAGGCUGUUCAGAGGAUCGUCUCCCACUCUGAGAGAGCUCUGAAACUGGUCUCAGACUCUUUGCUGGAGAAGGAAACACUAGCUGAUGAUGCUGCUACUGAAAGAGGAGACGAAAAAGGUACUGAGAACCCGGCACGACUGCUGAAAGGCGUGAUGAGGGUGGGCAUCCUGGCGAAAGGCCUGCUGCUCCGCGGAGACAGAAAUGUAGAGCUCAUCCUGCUGACUGCUAAGAAACCCACCAUCUCGUUACUGAAGAGCAUAGCUAAACAGCUGCCAAAGGAACUGGCGACAUUUUCUGAAGAUCAGUAUGAGGUGCAGGCUCACCCCGAGGAGGCGAACAUCGUGAUAUUUUCAAGCAAGGAGCCCAAAAUGCAGGUGACCAUAUCUCUCACCUCGCCGCUGAUGAGGGAGGACCCUGCUGCUGAGAAGGACAAGCAGGCAGGAGGAAAAGCGGCUGAGAAAGGUGUGGCUGAGAAGGAUCCUCCUGAUCUCCUGAAUAAGAAGAAAUGUCUGGAAUACCUAGCUGCGCUACGCCAUGCUAAAUGGUUUCAGGCUCGUGCCAACGGUCUGCAGUCUUGUGUGAUCAUUAUUCGGGUGCUGAGAGAUUUAUGUCAGCGGGUUCCCACAUGGGGGAAGAUGCCCUGUUGGGCGAUGGAGCUGCUGGUGGAAAAGGUGAUCAGCAGUGCCACAGGCCCACUCAGCCCAGGGGAGGCCAUGCGCAGAGUCCUAGAGUGCAUCUCCACCGGCAUCCUGCUGCCAGAUGGACCAGGUUUAAUGGACCCCUGUGAGAAGGAGCCAACAGAUGCUUUGGAAAGCAUGGCACUUCAAGCUAGAGAGGACAUAACUGCCAGUGCACAGCAUGCUCUGCGGUUGCUUGCUUUCCGUCAGAUCCACAAGGUUCUGGGCAUGGAAUCCCUGCCGGCAUCCAAGGCCAGCGCUCGCAACCGCAAACGUCGACGGGACGUCAGUGAGACGGGUGAAGGCGAGGGGGAGGGCAAAAAAGACAAGAAGGAAGAAGCGGCGAGUGCUUGACAUCUGCCUUCGGAGUGGAGGCAUUUGCUAGUUUAGAGACUGGUAGAAUGUCACAACAUUAAACUUUUCUUAUGUUGAAAACAAUCUUAACACACAGCUAUACACGUACGAAUAUAACUUUGACUCUACAUGUUACACGUUUACCCCAAAUUAUAGGGAAUAAAGCUUCGGAAGACAGUAAGGGACUGAAGUUUGACAGCAAUUCCUUCUGAUUUCAGUGUGCGGAGUAAAUCAGCUUUGUGGAAAAACAUGAAAAUUACUGAUUGAGUCAUUCCAUUUCAGUAAUAUCAGCGCACUAACUACUGACCACUCCUUCCCUCCUUUUAUUCACAGUAGAUGGAACCACCACUAUUUUGUGCAGUUGUGUUGUUUUCUAUGACGUUAAAGCCUCCAGUGCAGUUUGAACAUCGGCACCUUAAAAACUUUAUUUGCAGCUUUUCUCCGUGAAGAAAAAGCUGAACGCUGCUGCUCUUUGGGCCAGUUCAGUUUUACGAUCCCGCUAUUGAAUUAACACUGGUGCAGAAUAUUUGCUGCUGAAACACAUUUCUCAGACAGUUAGAAGAAAAAAAGGAAAAAGGUGGUCAGGGGGCUUUGAAACUGUGAGAGAGAUCAGAUAAGAGUGACUGUUCAGAGCUAUAUAUGCAUUACUGUGAUGUUUACUUUGCUUAAAGGUAACACUUCAAAGUCCCCCUUUUCUCACCAUCAAAACAAGUGCAAAAUAACUUGCCCACAACACAUGAUGUUUUCCGUUGAUACUUUAUCUGCCUCUGAAGUGACAAAUCUUCUCUUGCACAGUUCAGUAGCAUGCUGAGGGACUUGAAGCACUUAAGAAGUGACAAUGUAUGCAGCCAUAAUUUAAAUAAUAUACCAAGUAAUCUUUUUUUUCUUCCAGAGUAUGGUUAGAAAUAAGAGAAAAUAAGACUGAAUACUUACUGUAAUGAUUAAAUCACUAUAGUCCUUUGGCUUUCUUCCUUGUGCCUGCGUCAUGUUGUGUAUUACAGAUGAGAAACUGAUUUAGAGGAACAUUUAUGGUUUGUGUUUUGUCUGGUUAGAAUCCUAAUGAGCAUAAUUUCACAAAGAUACAGGACAAGGAGCGGACAUUUGAGCAACUCUGGUUUGAGAGUUGAUGUACAUUUUUUUUAAGUUUUAUCCUCAUUUACCAAGAGCAUCAUCAUAUAUGAGUAUUGCUUAUUUUAUUUCUGAAGGAUGCUGCAGUCUGUUUUGUAUUGUUUAAACAGGAAGUUCGAACCUUUCUGUCCUAUUAUUUGAAUGUCUUUGUAGUGUUGCCUAAAGUUGAGAGGGAGAUAUUAAAAACAACAAAAAA